AUGGUCACCACUACCUCGCAAUCGUCCCAAUCCCACAAAGACUCGGUCUCACGGCUUCACAACAGUGCCACCGGCUCCCAGGCGGGUGCUCGGGAGCGUACUGUCACGUUCCAGUCGCAGCAACCACCACCACCACCGCCGCCAACGCUGGUCGGGCCUCACGGGAAGCGGCUGCCAGCCGGCGAGGUCGAUCUGGCUCGGGACCACCAGCAGCCACCACACAAGAAACCACGGACACGUCUCCUACCUCCUGGCAACAUUGAUCUGAGCACUUUCUCGAAGCCCGCAUUGCCUGCUCGACACACCGAUGUCCCGACAUCGCCACUGUUCUUCUCUCACUCACAACGACCGCCCAUGGCACGGCCGCCAAGCUUCUCAGCUGGCCUCGAAGUCGCUGGCACCAUGCUCAACCAUGUGCGCGAGAACACUGAGGUGACGACCCUCAAGUUGGCUAGAGGUACGGUUAGUUCGGCGAGUCCAGCGAGGUCAUCGAGUACGCCGGGGAGUUGGUCGUCGAUUGAUGCGACCGCCUUUGGCAAGAGCCCUGAUGGGCAAGUAGCUCUCUCAUCGUCAUCAGGCAUAUCCGCGCUUCAAGGCAUCGGUAUACUCGAGUUGCUGGAACGAGAUGAUCGGCCGACCUUCAUUGUCGACAAUCAUAACCCGGUUCCGACGCUGCCCGGGUCUUCCACGAUCUUGCAUUACAACCCGGCUCUUCUAGCUUCGUACGGUUUACGGAACGUGGUCUCUGGAGAAGGUCUGAAUAGCCCCGAAGCCAAGGCUGAAUUCGAAGGUUUCUCCAACUGGAUCAAGAGCGCUGGUGUUCAACCUGACGGCAUGGACGUGUUCAUGCCCUCUUUUCACUAUGCUGGUCUUGACUGGACUUGUGCCACAAUCCGCCAACGCUUUCGGUUUGUGAGCGCCAACAAGAGUGCCGCAUCGAUCGCCCGCUCUUCGCCGGCACCGCCAACUGGUAAAGACUCAAGCACCGAACCUCGGGGACGGGGUCUGACACCAACGGCGCCGCCAAAAACUCCAAGCGAUGUAGCUCUUGGUGACACAGACUACUUUGGCACAGUGCAUUCGGACGCUCGUAGCACCGGAUCGUCCGCAGGGCCUGGUAGCGAUAUUGACGAGGCCAGUCUCUUGAGAGAGGGCGUGAUAGAAUCAGAUAGCUUGCCGCUCGGCAAGCCCUCAUUCGAUUGGACACGCAUACCCCUGACCGACGACCUACCUACGCACAUCCGCUUUGCGCGCACGAGGGACUGGGCCAACACACCAUUAGGCCCCAUUGAAGACUGGUCCCAUGAGCUUCGUGCAAUGGCCAACAUGGUCAUGGGCAGUCCGCACCCAGCUGCGUUGUACUGGGGUCGCGACCUGACCGUCAUCUACAAUGAAGCUUAUAUCGCCAUGGCUGGCCAGAAACAUCCUACUCUGAUGGGACAGCGUUAUCAGGAUGCAUGGCAGGAAAUUUGGCCUGACAUUGGGCCGAUUCUUGAAAGCGCAUGGGAUUCUGGUCAAGCCAUUAUGAAAAACGAUGAUCGUCUAUUGAUGUCCCGCUACGGCUUCAUGGAGGAGACUUUCUUCUCGUGGUCCAUCGUGCCACUUGUUGGAGAAGACGGUUCGGUCGUUGGCCUUUACAAUCCCGCGUUCGAGAACACCAGGCGGAAAGUGGCAGAGCGCAGAAUGCUGACGUUGCGUGAGAUUGGCGAGAGAACGGCUUUGGCUCGCGACGUCAAAGGCUUCUGGAACCAGGUCAACAAGGGAUUGGAGUAUAACGAAGAAGACGUGCCGUUCGCCUUGGUGUAUUCUGUGGCAGAUGACCACGACAGCGACAUGUCGUCUAUGCAUUCAGGAAGUAUUCAAAAUCCUCCACAGCUUGCGCUCGAAGCCUCUCUCGGUGUCCCGGACGGCCAUCGUUGCCUAGUCACCUCGGUUGAUCUCAGGACGAGCAAUGAUGGAUUCGCACCUUACAUGCGCGAAUCUAUGACUCGAGCAGGAGCACCGGUGCGACUUAGUGCAAGCGACGGGACCAUGCCCGCCGAACUCAUGGCUGGUUUUGCAUGGAGAGGACCCGGUGAUCCUUGCCAGUCUAUCGUAAUCUUCCCGGUCCAUCCGACAACGGGCGGCGAUAGUGUUGUUGGUUUCAUUGUGAUGGGUGUCAACCCACGGCGGCCGUUCGACGAGGAUUAUGAGCUUUUUAUUCAUCUUCUUUCAAGACAACUGGCAACCUCCCUGGCUUCGGUCGUGCUAUUCGAGGAGGAGAUUCGCCGUGGACAAAAAGCUGCUCGACUUGCCGCGCUGGACCGGCAAGAGUUAGCCCAACAGUUGCACCUGCGCACGCAAGAAGUCGAAGAAAGUGAGCUGAAAUUCACACGCAUGGCCGAGUUCGCUCCAGUUGGCAUGUUUAUUGCCAACGGGGGCGGCCACAUAGUAUACUGCAACGACAUGUGGUGGGAAAUUUCAAGGCACCCCCGUUCUGAGGAUAGUGUCAACACGUGGAUGGACAGUAUCAGACCAGAAGAUCGGCCAGCGCUGGAGGCGAAGUGGGCGAGCCUCGUGUCGGAAAAAACGGCUAUCACCCAGGAGUUCCGCUUCAAGUGUUCCAGACAUGAUGGCGAUAGUGUCAUGGACACUUGGGUCUUGAUGAGCGCCUAUCCCGAGAGGGACGCCAAUGGAGAAAUCAAGGGCAUCUUCGGCUGCAUCACGGACAUUUCGCAACAAAAGUUUGCCGAGAAGAUCCAGGCGCAGCGGCGCGAGGAGGCGGUAGAGCUCAAACGGCAACAAGAGAACUUUAUCGACAUCACCAGUCACGAGAUGCGCAACCCGUUGAGCGCCAUCCUCCAGUGCGCGGACGAGAUUUCUGGGACUCUUUCGAAAUAUAGAGGUACCGAGGAGGCUAAGCAGCUUACCGACACUCUCAGGUUGGCCGUGGAUGGGUCCUUAGAAGCCGCAAACACGAUUACGCUGUGUGCCAGCCACCAAAAGCGAAUCGUGGACGACAUUUUGACCCUAUCCAAACUCGAUUCCCAGCUGCUGCUGGUAACCCCGGUCGAUGUGCAGCCUAUGGCGGUGGUCAAAAGAGUAUUCAAGAUGUUUGAAGGAGAGCUCAACACCAAUGGUAUCCAGAUGACCUUCCUUGCCAAGAACCGUUUCUUGGAUCUAGGCAUCGACUGGGUCAAGCUUGACCCAUCAAGACUUCUCCAGGUUCUGAUUAACCUCCUCACAAAUGCCAUAAAAUUCACGCAAGCGCGACCGGAACGGUCCAUCGUCGUCACACUGGAUGCCUCACAAGACAUUUCAGAGGUGACCAAGGACGGCGUAGAAUACUUUCUCAGCGACCGCACCAACAAAGAAGACCUCACGGAACAUCCGGACUGGGGCGAUGGCGAGAAGAUCAAUCUGCAUUUCUCCGUCCAGGAUACAGGGCGCGGCUUGGACGAGCAUGAGCGCAAACUUCUGUUUCAGCGCUUUUCACAGGCGACACCUCGCACACACGUGCAAUACGGCGGUUCAGGGUUGGGGCUGUUUAUUUCACGGAUCCUCACUGAACUCCAAGGCGGCCAGAUUGAUGUGACUUCUCAGAAGGGUGUCGGGAGCACAUUCUCGUUCUAUGUGAAGUGCCGCAGAUCCUCCAAGCCACCCUCAGAGAGCAUGACAUUGCCGCCAGCCGCCCCGCCCUUGACACGUGCGCCAGGCUCGUCCACGGUCAUUGAGAACCACCAGCCGACAUCCACAGGCCUAAUUUCCCAAGCCUUGAAAAGAGCACCACUGAUCAAGCCACGCAUUGUCGAUGGUCAGCGCAUGUUUGACGUGCUCAUCGUGGAAGACAACGUGGUGAAUCAACGCGUUCUGCAGAGACAACUCCGUAACGUCGGAAAUAACACCAAGGUCGCGAACCACGGUGGGGAAGCGCUGGCUGUACUAGAGAAGUCGCGCUAUUGGACUGGCAAGGAGGAGUCGGGCGAUGACAUCUCCGUCAUCCUUAUGGAUCUUGAGAUGCCCAUAAUGGACGGCAUGACUUGCGCUCGCAAGAUCCGCGAGCUUGAGCGCCAAGGAACCAUUGUCAGCCACAUCCCCAUCAUCGCUGUCACAGCAUAUGCCCGCCCUGAGCAAAUUGAGGAUGCAAAGGCGGCAGGUGUGGACGAUGUCAUUUCGAAGCCAUUCCGUAUGCCCGAGCUCAUUCCCCGAAUCGAAGAGCUCGUGAGCAAGUAUGAGGCUUAUACCGAAUCAACCGCCGCGGCAUAA